CAAAUGUAAGCUUACACCAAGACGAAGAACACAAUUAAUAUCCACUUCCAAAAAUAAUAAAUUACAAAAAUGCCCUGUCUCGACAUUUCCACUAACGUUGACCUCGCCGGAGUCAACACCGAUUCCCUCUUUUCCGAUCUCACUAAAGCUGUUUCGCAGAUCGUCGGAAAACCUGAAAACGUUGUGAUGAUUCUUGUGAAAGGAUCUGUAGCCAUCACAUUUGGCGGGAACAAAGAAGCAGCAGCACUGGCUGAGAUCAUAUCUAUGGGUGGAAUUACCACUCAAGUCAAAAGAAAUCUGAUUGUCAAAAUUGGUUUCAUUUUAGAGGAAAAAUUGUCUAUUCCCAGGACUAGGUUUGUCCUAAAGGUCUUUGCUGCACCUAAUGCACCCGAAAAUAGCUCCAAAAUCAAAAUGUCAUCAUUUGUGGUCUUCAUUCACUACAAUGGAUAUUGGGAUGAUAACAACAAUUACAUCUGGAGAAAGGGGAAGAGUGUGAGAACUGAGAGAACGCUAGGGUUUCGCCGAACGAUGCCGUGCCUGAACAUCUCGACGAACGUCAGCCUCGACGGCGUUGACACCUCCGCCGUCCUCUCCGAAGCCUCAUCCACCGUCGCCAAGGUCAUCGGCAAACCCGAAGCCUAUGUAAUGGUUGUAUUGAAGGGAUCCGUGCCAAUUGCAUUUGGAGGAACUGAGCAGCCAGCUGCCUAUGGAGAGCUCGUCUCCAUUGGAGGUCUGACCUCGGAUGUGAACAAGAAACUGAGUGGUGCUAUUGCCAGCAUACUCGAGUCCAAGUUGUCUAUCCCGAAAAACCGGUUCUACCUCAAAUUCUAUGACACCAAGGUGAGCAAAACCCCUGAGUAACUUAGAGUAUCUUUUGAAAAUGAAAAAUGGUCUGAGCAGAUGAGCUAGUAUCUUCACACUGCAUUCUUCUGCCUUGUUUAGGCCUGUCAGAGCCAAGAACAUGCACAAUGUCUUCAUGCUUUACACCAGUACUAAGUCAUGUAAAUAACGAGCCUUCACCAUUCGGAAUCAAUAGAGAUUUGUGUGUUAUAUUGCCGCUUUUGUCUAGUUCUACUUUGACUGUUUCCUUUAAUUGUUUGCUUAUGGUUUGGUUUGAUUUUCAGUUUUGGGGCUUUUUGUUUUUUUUGUUUUUUGUUUUGGUUGCCUGCGCUCAGAAGUUUUUAACAUUCAUUUUCUUUUUCAGGGUUCCAACUUUGGGUGGAAUGGAUCGACCUUCUAGGUUUCGUGUUUCUUAAGUUUCCAAGUGAUGCUAAAUUUACGAACUUGCUAUGCUCGGAAGCCUCAUUUUGUCGUGCGAUGUAUCUGAAUUGUGACGAAAUGAUAUUUAGUGUAAUGCAUUGCUUAUUCGCAGUUCUUAUCAAUUACUGGCUCUGAAUUGUGACUAAAUGGUAUUUAGCGUAAUGCAUUGCAUAUUCGCAGUUCUUAUCAAUUAUUGUUGUGACCCUUCAUAAUUUGAUGUUAAAUUGUUUGUGUGUAGUUCUUUUCAUUUUUGCUCUUGUUCCCUUAGUAGAAAUUUCUACUUUUGGUUUUUGGGGGUAGAGCUAAACUGACAAAGUUGAGAUGAAAGUUGAUGUGAUAUAAAAGUAAUAAAAUUAUAAGUGAUAGUUUGCAAAAUAUAUGU